GUUAGAGAAUAUUUCAGCAGCAGAUACGCAACCGAUUCACAGCACAGAGACGAAUAAAAUCUCAUUAUGUGGAAAACUAGUCUCGCAAUCCUUAUACUCGUAGCCUUGAUGGCUGUACAGUACACCAGCGCCGACUGCAACGUCUGCAACGAAAACAAUGGAGCAGCUUGCAUUACUAACACCACCUUUAAGCUCUGCUUUGGGGGUGUGGCACAGUCAGAGGUGUAUUCUUGCGCCAACGAGGGUGACGUGUGCACCACGCUGGGCAUAAUUUGUGCAGAUCCCGCCAGUAACUCCGCCGUUCAGGCAGAUUGCGGCAAUACGGAACAAUGUGGGGCGUGCACUAAUGUCACAGAUGGCGCUUACUCUUGCACUAGCCACAAUACAUUUGUUAUGUGCAUGUCGGGCGAAACAACUAAUGUGGAGGGCACUUGCUCCGACAACCAAGUUUGCCUCACUUCCAGAGCCAAUCAAGGCAUUAGUCCUUGUGUAAAUGAUUGUUUGAAAAAUCUGAAGGACAUGUGUGACAUUGAUAAUUCCACCGACACAACAACAGAUAGUUCAACGGAUAGUUCAACGACAAGUUCAACGGAUAGUUCAACGAAUAGUUCAACGGAUAGUUCAACAGAUAGUUCAACGGAUAGUUCAACGACAAGUUCAACGUCAAGUUCAACGUCAAGUUCAUCGUCAAGUUCAACGUCAAGUUCAUCGUCAAGUUCAACGUCAAGUUCAACGUCAAGUACAGCCACAACAGAAACGACUACUAGUUCCAGCACCAGUGCGACUAAAAGUGUGGAGGAUACUGUGUGCGCAGAUCAGGUUCAAGUGGGACGUUACGCGUAUCCAAAUGACACGACGUGCACUAAAUACAUUUACUGUAUCACCGAUACGGCGACUGGUAGCUUGGUUGGUCGUGCGAGGUCUUGCCCCAGUGGAAGAUACUUCAAUUCGAGUAUAAAUAAUUGUCAAUCCACAAAGCCAACUGGUUGCGCUUAAAUCGAAAUAUGUUUGUAUAGAUUUUAUUAAUUCUUUGACCCAUUCGCAUGGUAGUUUCCAGUAGAAAAUAUUUAUUAGCAAUACCAAUUAUUAUAAAAAAAUAUAUAAAAAUUGUUAGCAUACUGCAGAGGACACACAAAUAGCAUCAAUUAUUGAUUUGGGAUUAUAUUUCGUUAAAUUUCAUCUGUAUCCAUUGGUCUCGGCUGGCAGACGAAGGGCUAAUGAAGUUGUGAGUAUGAAACGAUUACUGGAAAUUGGGGAUAUUAAUUACUGUAUACAUUGAAACUAAAAAAAAUAUAUAUAAAGAAAUAAAUUAUACCUCUUUCGCUUACAAUUUAUUUCAA